AUCUCCCACAUUCACAAGCCACAAGCCCAUAACAUCAGCACCCACAAGGUCAACAGACACCCCACUAGCUACUGUGCUGCCUGUAAUGGCCGUAGCCAUCCUCAGUAUGUGGGCAGCAUACUGUGCUCCAGAGGCCUCUUCUGUCCAAGAGUCUGCUCCCGAGGCCUCACCGGUCCACGAGUCUGCCCCGGAGGCCUCGCCUGUCUACGAAACCGCUCCAGAAGCUUCGUCUGUCUAUGAGACCGCUUCAGAAGCUUCGUCUGUCCACGAGUCUGCUCCAGAAGCUUCGUCUGCCCACGAGUCUACUCCCGAAGCUUCAUCUGUCCACGAGUCUGCUCAAGAAGCCUUGUCUAUCCACGAGUCUGCUCCCAAGGCCUCGUCUAUCCACGAGUCUAUACCAGAAGCCUCUCUUGUCCAAGAGUUUGCGCCAAUACCUCCUGAGGUGUCAGCAUGCGCUGUAGAACCUCCUAAGGAGGUGGCGUCCAUUAAUGAACUCACUGCCUCGUCUGUCCACGAGUCUACGUCAGAGGCCUCUUCUGCCCAAGCAUCUGCGCCCAUGCCCCCAGAGGUGUCAGCGCAAGCUGUAGAUCCUCCUAUGGGAGCGGCGUCCUAUCAUGAACUCUCUGCCCACCAUGUCACAGUCACAAAGGCCUACGAUGAACUCUCUGCCUGUUAUGUCAUAGCUAAGAAGGCCUAUUAUGAACUCUCUGCCCGCCAUGUCGCUAUCAAGAAGGCCAAAGAAAUCAUUCAUGUGCACACCGCUCUGCCUGCCCUGCAAUGGCUCCCUGCUACGCCUGCUCUGCCUGCCUCGCCAUGGCUUCCUGCUCUGCCUGCUCUACCUGCCUCGCUAUGGCCCCCUGUUCUGUCUGCUCUGCCUGCCUCGCCACGGCUCCCUGCUCUGCCUGCUCUGCCUGCCUCGCUAUGGCCUCCUGUUCUGUCUGCUCUGCCUGCCCCACCAUGGUUCCCUACUCUGCCAUUGUGCCACGGCCCUGGCCUUCCAGUACUUCAUGGUCUCUACUGCUCACGGCCCAGGACCUCCAGUGUUCCACUGUCUGUCAUUGCUCUGCGGCCCAGGCACCAGGGGAAAUCAGGCUCAUGGAGAGAUGAGUCUGUCCGCCUGGUGGCUUUGUUGAAGCAGCGGGCAGGUGCCCUGUUUAAACACUUGUUAGGAGAUGACAUGGAUAUGAAGACAGAUGAAGCUCUGCUAAACACAGUGCACCCAGUGGAGCAAGUGAAUAACAGUCUGUGA